AUGGACAGCCUUCACGCACUCGUGCAACAGCAUAUUGACAUCAAACCGAGUACCCAAAUUCAGAUUCCCUACAACAGAGAUCAAUUAGACUGCAUUUGUUCGAGUCUUUUUCAAGCACGAGAUGGCGCUCAAUUGGUCGCUUUUUUCACGCAAUUCGGUGAAGAGCAAUUGUUGAGGCCCGAGUGGAGAACCGAAGCUGUUCGAUUGGGGUACAUCAUGGCCCUCUAUCACGCUGGACAGUAUGAGCGGCUAUUUUCAGUAAUCACAAACAGCUCAUUCAGCGAGCGAAACUAUAAGGAUUUGCAAGAUUUAUGGUAUCGAUCGCAUUACAAAGAGAAUGAAUCAAAACGACAAAAAGAGCUGGGCGCUGUGGAGAAAUAUCGAUUGAGAAGAAAACACCCACCCCCACGAUCGAUUUGGGAUGGCCAGGAAACCGUCUACAGCUUCAAAGAAAACAGCAGAAAAGUCGGUUUCAAAAAUUUCUUGAAAAAUAUU